AUGCUUAAUUGCAUCGAUAACUCCGGAGCGGCCAUUGUCGAGUGCGUUGCGGUGAUGAGAAAGAAGACACGACAUGCAUCAAUAGGGGACAGAAUAAUCGUCGUCGUCCAAAAGCAAAGAUCUUUCGGCCCCGAAAAUGCUGGCGGCUCAAGCGUGGGCAUUGCGAACAAAGUGCGGAGAGGUGAUAUCAGGCACGCCGUGGUGGUACGGGCAAAAAAGGAAGUGCAAAGAAAAGAUGGCAGUCUGAUCCGGUUUGACGACAACGCCUGUGUGCUCAUCAACAAGAAUGGCGACCCUAUCGGCACAAGAUUAUCCAGCAUUGUGGGAUCCGAGUUACGGGACAAAAAGUGGUCGAAGAUUUUGUCUCUGGCGCCCAUGCAUGUAUGA